UUUCUCCUCUCAAGCCACAUUCCAACGGCUUCAACCAUCACAUCGUUACGUACCAGUCUUCAGAGACAGCAUGGCUAACAUGAAUAGUGACAGUGAAGUGUCGACCAACUCGCAAGCUCCCAUAUCGAAGGCUAAGGCGCAGUUUGAGAAAGCUCUUCUUGCUCACCGUACCGAGCAUGGGCCGCCACUCUCCUCCCAAUCAGUCCGAGAGUUUUCCAAAUGUAUCGAUGAGGUCUUCUACGAGGACACGUCAAAAAAUGUCGAGAAAUGUACUCAAUGGAUCCUGAAAAACAUAGCGUCUUCACGCAAGCGCACGCUCCUUCUCGGUGAUUUCCUCAUUGCGCUUUCAAGGUCUAUUGACGUGGACGUGACCCCUCAGGAACAAAAACGCAUUCGAAACCGUUUCAAUGUGCUUUCGAUUGCCUUUGACGCCAUCCAUUCUGCAAAGUAUCACAUGCAGAGCACCAACGUUUUCAACGACUUCGUAUAUGACAUGCAGUACUACAUCGAAGAGCUCGUUGACCUGGUGGCAUCAGCUCUUCGGCAGAAAGGUACGGAGUAUGAGACCCGCCUGAAAGAACUCGUAGCACUAUGGAAUGACAAGUUCGCCGACGAAGACGAUGCCAAAUGGCUCCGGGAGAGAUUGCACAACACCUUGGACGUUGCGCAAGGUGAUCUCUCCCCUAAUAAGAAGUUGCGGACGUAUCACCUGCCGCUGCAGUUGAGAACGGAGAGAGCUCCAUUGUGGGCUCUACCAGCCUCGUACGCCCUUGAUAUUGUCGCCACCCAGGACGGCCCUUCCGCAUCGUCUUGGAUUCCACUUGCGAGAUUUCCCAAGCGGCGUCCGUCAAAGAAAGCCAAGGCUGUCCUGGAUGAACUCUUCGAUAAGCUCGACGCCCUUGAUGGGCCCAUCAGGACCGAUGGACCGGAAGGUCGAGGCAAGCGACCCGGCUCCUUAGGUGCCCCGGUGAACGCGUAUGGCUGGUCUCCAGAGGCAUGUGCGCAGAUGGAGAAGGACCAUUUCUUAACUGUAUCAAAGGAUGACGAUGAUGCGGCCAAUGGUUCACGCCGGCGUCCGCGGUCCUCUUCAUCGGUCCCUGAGUACGGUCGAGCAACCCGGUGGGGAGAUACGCGAAGCUCUUCACCGCCUGUGCAUGAGAGCGAGAGCCGCAAUAGACAAUCGAGAUACGACCGCCCUAGAUCGCGCGAGUCUUACCGAGGUUUCCAUCGUCAGCCCCAAGUUCCUCCACCGUUCCCUCCGCUUCCGACGCAGAACCCCAACUUCAAUGGCCAGUUCAACGCUGGCAGGAUCCCACCCCAUAUGCCCGGAGCGCAGUUCCCCCCAAUACCUGGAGCUCCUGCAUUCCCCCAGUUCCCUCCACAUCAAAACUUCACAGCACCCACAGGAUAUCCGACCAUCCCCAACCAGUUUGGCAAUAAUCCUUCCUCAGGAUAUGGCACAGGUUAUGGGAAUCCGAAUCAGGGCAAUGAAUCUUCGUCUCAAAGAAGCUAUCAGGAUUAUAACCCUUCGGGCCACAGGGGAAAUCAAGGUUACCAGUUUUCGGGCCAGAGGGGCAACCAUGGGUAUCAAUCCUCGGCUAACAGAGAUAAUGGAGAUGACCGCUCUUCCGGAUAUGGCAGAUAUCAAGGUCACCCUUCUUCGGGGCGUGGCAGGUAUCCAGGGGAUCAGCAUCGUCGUGGAGGUCACUUUUGAUGGAGUCAAGUCAUCGAGCGGCUCAAUCGCACCUGUCACCGCCAGCAGCGACACUGGCUCACAUUAGACGUCUCAGGCGCCAUCAGCUUUCUCAGUUCCUUGCUGUCAAAACCUUGACCACAAGAAGGCCAUCAACGGGCUGCGGCGGUUGUAGUAUAGUUGUGUUUUCUUUCAGGGUCC